CCAGAACUGUGUUUGGCUCAUUGUUAUCGUUUAUAUGAUGGUGUUCUGAUGUCCUCAGGUGAAGGGAACAACUUGUUAUCAAUAGGGAAUGUCAGUUCAUGAUUUCAAGAAGCAUGGGAAAGACUUGAUUGAUUACAUAAACCACUUCAUGAAGACUAUAAGCUCAAGAAGAGUCAAUUCUGAUGUAGAACCUUUUUAUCUUGUAAAAUUACUCCCGGAUGAAGCACCUCAUGAACCUGAGGAGUGGGACAAAAUUAUGAAAGAUGUUGAAGACAAAAUAAUGCCUGGGGUCACACAUUGGAAUCAUCCCUAUUUCUUUGCUUAUUUUGCAAGUGCAAAUUCAUAUCCUGGGAUUCUUGGAGACAUGUUAUCAAGUGCCUUAGCAUGUCAAGCAUUUAACUGGUUUGUGAGUCCAGCAUGCACAGAACUGGAAAUGGUUGUCACUGACUGGUAUGGUAAAGCACUUGGGUUACCAAAGUCAUUUCUCCAUUCCAGCGGACCAAAAAAGGGUGGUGGUUGUGCACAAGUGAGUUUAUGAGAGAUUUCUAUAACAUUGCUAUUCUAAUAUAAAAUGCUACAGAAAAGUACAUUUACUGCUGUGGAAUUACUGCAAGUGUUGAGAAGCACAGUAAAAUGGUUGUAGAU